UAAACACAAUCAGCUGUUUGCCUCAUAAUAACUCAUUUUUGUACAAAAUGUUAGCAGUAAGAAAAACACGAGUUUUCGGCAACCUGAGCUGGUCCCGUUGGAGGAGCGAUGCAGCGAAAGCCACCACAGAUUCCGCCUCAACAUUGGGAGAUGCAAAUAAACGGCAGCAGCUUCUCAACGAGCUGGCAGAGCCACUGGACCAAAAACGCCGGCCGGCCAUCGAUCCCAAGGAGACAAGUGUGAUGCUGUUCCCUGGCCAGGGAACCCAGUAUGUGGGCAUGGCCAAGGAUCUGUUGCGGUUUCCGGGUGCACGGCAUAUAUUUGAAUUGGCCAACCAAGUGUUGAACUAUGAUCUGCUGAAGAUCUGCUUGGAGGGACCACGUGAGAAGCUGAAUCGCACGGAGCAUGCACAGCUGGCUGUGAUGGUGUCUUCACUGGCAGCGCUGGAGCAGCUUCGCGAAGAGCGACCCCAUGCCAUUGAGAACUGUGUAGCAGCUGCUGGUUUCAGUCUGGGCGAGAUCACUGCCCUGGUCUACGCCGGAGCGAUGCCUUUUGAUAAGGCCGUGAAGCUUGUUCAAGUGCGGGCCACAGCAAUGCAGGCUGCCUGUGAUCGGGCAGCGGGAGCCAUGGCCAUGACGUUGUAUGGACCGGAUACGAAUCUGGGCGAAGCCUGCGCAAAGGCCCAACAAUGGUGUCUGGACCGAGGAGUGGAGUCGCCCUACUGCGGCAUAGCUAACUACAUGUACCCGCACUGCAAGGUCGUCGCCGGCAAUGUGGAGGCUCUGGAGUUCCUCGAAAAGAAUGCCAAGGCUCUGAAGAUACGUCGCAUGAAGCGCCUGGCUGUCAGCGGUGCAUUCCACACUCCUCUCAUGCAGAGCGCUGUCGAACCGUUUACCAAGGCGCUCAAGUCGCUGAGUCUGCAGGAUCCCAUCAUCCGAGUCUACUCGAAUGUAGACGGCAAGCCAUACCGGCAUGCCAAGAACAUUCUAAUCCAGCUGCCGAAGCAAAUCGUCCGGCCUGUUAAGUGGGAGCAGACACUCCACGAGAUGUACGAACGGAAGCAGGGCGCCGACUUUCCGCGCACCUUCGAGUGUGGUCCCGGCAAAGGUCUGCUCCAGGUGCUUGAGAAAGUCAAUGCCAAGGCCGCACAGUCCUGCCUAAAUGUUUCAGCAUAAAUAAGAUUCGAAUCCUCUUUUUAUAAAAAUGUAUUUUCUUUGCUAGCGGAAACAGAAAAAAAAAGUUUAAACAGA